AUGUGUGAUUGCACUUUAUUCUUCUUCUCUCGGAUAUUUCAGGUGUUUGAUGCAGGUGAGGUCUUUGGAAUCAUGCGGGUGGAUGAAGUUGAUGAUGAUGAAGAUCAAAUAGAGCAGAAGAGUUCAAAUCCUGGCAAUGAACCUGUGUACAAAGUCAUUGUGACUGGAGUAAAUGGGUUACAAUCAUCUGAUCCUAACAGCAUUUUCCUUGUUGACCAUGCGUGGACAUACCGUGUUCAGCAUGCACGCCAGCAGCUGAGAGAAGUCCCUGGCUUGCUGCACAGAAUGGCUAAUCUGGUGGGAGUGGAGUUUCAUGGAGAGGUGCCAGAUGAGGAUGUCAUCGACAUAGUCAUGGAGGAAACGUGGCGAUACAAUCAGACGUAUCAGCUCUCUGUAGGGUCUGCUGAACAGAAGGUGCCUGUCUGGUACAUCAUGGAUGAAUUUGGCAGCCAUAUUCAGCACUCUGAUGAACCUACCUCUUGUGCUGUUCCUUUCUUUCACAUGGUGGACCAAACUGCAUAUACUAUUUUUUGGCCUCUGCGGGACCUUGAGAAUGGAGAUGAGUUAACGAGAGACUAUACUUAUGGGGAGUUGGAUCCAUUAAUCAGGAAGUGCAUGCUGUUACCGUGGAGUUAUACCGACCUGAGAGACAUCAACUAUCAUGUAACGGAACCUCCAGAUGACUACUAUAAGACUAUUUUUACUGAAAACCAAGAGACUCUUCCAGUUCCAAAAGAACCACUAAGUUUUCCAAAGGAUAAGGUCUUCAAGGUGUAUACAGAAGUGGAGAAGGUUCAGCAGAAUCUUACACAUCCACGUUUUGUGCUGACUGAGAACCAGGAUGAAGCUGACAUUCUCUUCAUGUUUUCUCACAUUAAAGAUUACAGGAAAUUAAGUGAAGAGAGACCCCAUGUCAUGGUGAACCAAUUUCCCUGUGAAAAUCUAGUUACGGUGAAGGACUGUUUGGCUUCUAUAGCAAGACGAGUUGGAAACAUUGAAGGAGGGCCUAGGUGGCUACCCCUCACUUUCAACCUUCGAAAAGAGUUGCCUCAGUUUGUCAGCUGCUUUCAACACCGUGAAGACAGGGGAGAAGAUAAUCAUUGGAUCUGUAAGCCAUGGAACCUUGCCAGAGGCCUAGAUACACAUAUCAGCAACAAACUUAAUUGUAUCAUUCGACAUAGAGAGAGCACCCCAAAGGUGGUCUGCAAGUAUGUUGAGAAACCAGUACUCUUUCAAAGAGAAGAUGUAGGUAUGGUGAAAUUUGAUAUUCGUUACAUCCUUCUUUUGCGCUCUGUUCAGCCUCUUAAACUGUAUGCCUAUAAUGUGUUUUGGCUGCGGUUUGCCAACAGAGCGUUUUCACUGGACUGUUUUGAUGACUAUCAGAAGCACUUCACUGUCAUGAACUACGCAGAAGAAGCACCCCUAAAGCAGAUCCACUAUGAUGAAUUUAUUCCUUUGUUUGAGAAACAGUACCCUGAACAUAGAUGGAAUGAUAUACAGGUCAAAAUCUUCAAAGCAAUUAAUGAUUUGUUCCAGGCAGCUACAUCCAAACCUGCACCCUUUGGUAUCUGUAACUACCCUUUAUCUAGAGCUGUGUAUGCUGUUGAUCUAAUGUUGAAAUGGGAUACCACCAUGGAAGGGAGAAACAACAUGGAACCUCAGAUCUUGGAGAUAAAUUUUAACCCUGACUGCAACAGAGCCUGCAAAUAUCACCCAAGCUUUUUUAAUGAUAUUUUCAGCACACUGUUCUUGGAUGAGACAGAAGAUCGCAAUGUGGCAUGCAUUGUUUGACAUAAUCAUGGCUAUUGAGGCAGGAAGUGUCCCUGCUGCUGCUACCGUUAGUGUUGGCUGCUGAGUUCUGUUUUGAAUAAAUGCUGUUUAACUAUGUACCAGUUUUGUGGACGGUAACUAACAUUCCUGCUGUUUAAUAGCAUGUGUAUGGCUAAUAAUUACUUGGGGUGUGCUACAACUGGAAAAUCAAACAGAAUUCUGGUCUGAUUCCCUCAUAUGCUGCAUUCCAUCAAGUUACACAGCUGUAAAAGGACUACUUGCGUGAAACAAAAUGUUGCAUCUGGACCCAACUGUUCAUGAAAACAAUGAUGGUAUAAAAAAAUUGGGAGACAUGCGUUGCAAAUUCUGACACAUUUGCAGCUUUACUAUGUUAUUCACAUACACAGUUCAUUAUCAACGUUAAUACUCAUUGAGUGCUAGUGCUUUAAGUUCUCCUUUUCCUUUCUUAGGAGGACAUGGUGAGCAUCUGCCUGCACAUUUUUAUGGUAUUUUCAGACUGCCUGUUAAGUUAUGAUUAUGUACUUAAUGACUUUUUUUAUGAAAGUGGUUAACAGUUAUUUCUCCUGAUAAAUGAUAAUAAAUAUUAGAACUUGCUCUUCAAA